AGCGCAGGCCGCGCCGCCAGACGGAGCCGCCGCGCCCGGCCCCGCCGCCCUGGCCGCCAUGCCCUCGGACCGGCCCUUCAAGCAGCGCCGCCCCUUCGCGGAUCGUUGUAAGGAAGUGCAGCAGAUCCGAGAGCAGCACCCAAACAAGAUCCCGGUCAUCAUCGAGCGCUAUAAAGGGGAGAAGCAGCUGCCAGUGCUGGACAAGACCAAGUUCCUUGUCCCAGACCAUGUCAACAUGAGUGAAUUGGUCAAAAUAAUCCGGCGUCGCUUGCAGCUGAAUCCCACGCAGGCGUUCUUCCUGCUGGUCAACCAGCACAGCAUGGUGAGCGUGUCCACCCCCAUCUCAGAGAUCUACGAGCAGGAGAAGGACGAGGAUGGCUUCCUCUACAUGGUCUAUGCUUCCCAGGAGACCUUUGGCUACUGAGGCCUGCCGAGAGGUGUCACGUGGAGACAGAUGAACUGUGGCGUGCAGGCCCUUGGCCUUGGAAGAUGACACAAACCAGAGGCUCACGAGAGGGGGGCUGCGCUGACUCCCUUUCCCUCCUCCCCUCCCUCCCCUUCCCAUCCCCCUGUCACCAAAGAGGCUCGUGGCAUGUGUUGGACUUGCACGACCCUUCACCUCUGUAUAGAUGAGUCCCCUCACACACCUGCAGACGGCGCCGCGCACACGGGGCCUCGGCCUCCUGUCCCCUGCUGUCUCCCCCUGUCCCCUGCUGUCUCCCCCUGUCCCCUGCUGUCCCCUCCUGUCCCUGCCGUCCCCUCCUGUCCCUGCCAUCCCCUCUGGCUGCUCUCCCUCUGCUCUGCUCCUUUGCAGUUGUGCUGCCACAGCCUUGGGCCCGCGGUGGAGAGAGGCCGGCAGGCUGUGGCCGUGGCGUUUGGCACGGGCAGAGCCGCCUCUCCCCGACACGCUGCCGAAGGGCAGGAGGGCUGCAGCAGCAGCACCCAGGUGUCACCAUUGCUCCCUGUUUUAAUUGGUUUUAAUUACACCCAUAUCAGAUUCUUGGUGCUACUGAGUAGAUGUAGGCGUCUCUGUAGGACUGUGGAUAAUGUCCAUUCUUUAGAUUUACUGGGUUGUGUUGGUUGGUUGGGGGUUUUUUUAGGGAUAGAUUGGAAUGGGGAGAGGGGAUCAUUCCUGUGUUCUGUAGGUAAAUAAAUCAGGCUUCAUUGCACUUUACAGCCUAGUAGGUGUCAGAGUGAAAUGUCCUUUUAAUUUAUAGAGGUUUGCCAUGUGUAGUGCUGCUCCUCUGCUGACAGUUGUACCUGCAUUGUCUCGGUUCCUUUUGUUUUUAAAUGAAAUGGAAUUCCCUUCUCUCUGGCUGCCCAUUGCAUGCAGUUCCUCAGUCCCAGUGUGGCAAAGAGUUCACUCAAGGAAUGUGCUGGUUUCCAUUUGCUAUGUUCCCGUCCUUGUUUCUCAUGUAUUAUACCAAAAAAAAUGUAUAUGAUAACCCCCCACCCAGUUCAAUCUAUACAAAGGUAUCUAUAGAAAAAUAUCUAUAAAAUAAACAUAAAUUCAAGUCAUGUCUCAGGAA